UCAAAACACAUUGUAUGGAUACAAAAUUUUCAUAUAAUUAUUUUUAAAGAGCCAAGAAAGAAAUAAUCACAAAAUUAUCUCAAAUAAUUCUCAUGUAUCAUUUUUUUCCAUGCCUACUAAGAUGAAAAUAGGAACAUUCAGUGAUUUUAUGUAAGGGAAGACAGAUGAUUGUAUUCAUAUUUUAAUGGAAGAUUAAUAUUAAUAAAGCAACAAUCACAAAGAAUUUGCAAGUCAAAACUUACUUGGAUUGGGAAGAAAUGAUAACUAUUCUUUUAAAGUUAAAUGGGGGCUGGAGAGAUGGCUCAGAGGUUAAGAGCCUUGCCUGCUCUACAAAAGAUCCUGAGUUCAAGUCCCAGCAACCACAUGGUGGCUCACAACCAUCUGUAAUGGGGUCUUGUGUCCUCUUCUGGCCAGCAGGCAUACACACAGACAGGAUAUUGUAUACAUAAUAAAUAAAUAAAUAAAUGUUAGAUGGUAAAGAGAAAGGAUGAGGUAGUGCUGGAGUUUUAGAAAUUAAACUCAAAAGGUUUCCUAGAUUGAUUUAGUCAUGCAUCCUUAUAAUACCUGAACUUGGGAGGUGGAGUAGGAGGAUCACCGGUUCAAAUUUAUCUUCAGUUACAUAGCAAGUUCUAGGCUAUCCUGAGCUAAAUGAAUUCCUGAAUCAAAACAAAGAGAAAAAGAGUGAUAUUUCUCUUAAAGUUGAAGAUUUCACAUGAAAUCAGAAAUAUGAAGUCACAAGUAAUUACAAAAAAGAAAAGACAUAAGUUUUGAAAUACAGCUCAUGAAAUAGGGUAGAUAUGAACACUGAGAUAUCAUUUAAGAAUUAAUCACAAUGAAGAUCAAUGCAAAAAUGCAAGUAGCUUUAUUGCACAAGCAGAGAUAUUAUAUCAAAUUAUCCAUUUCAGGGACAAUGGGGUGUCUUGUAGUCCACUUGCUGGCUGACAACCAGAGUUAGAUUCCCAGAACUCACAUUAUAAAAAGAAAGAACUAACUCAUGCAAGUUAUUCUCUGACUCCACAUGCAUACUUUGAAACACACAUGCUUGUGCUUGUGAACACAGACAUACAGAUGUAUAUACACAAAUAAAUAAAUGUAAUUUUUAAGUGUCCAUUUCAGCUGUGAAAUUCUAUAAGCAUGGCAGGAAGCUCAAGGUACUCAUAGAACAUUUAAAAAUGAUAUAAUUCACUAUGCAUACUAUUAUUUCCAAACACAUUUCAAAGCGAUUCAUACAGCAGUGAAUUUAAACCUAGAUCACUAAUAACCUAGUCAUGUGUACUUCAAAAUUUAUAGCUUAAAAGACAGAUGUUGGUAUCACUAAUUUUGGGUUCUUAUUUAACAGACAUGGUAACAGUUCAGAGGCCAAGUGUUGUAUAAUAUUAGUAUGUGUUAUAUUUGUUUAAGCUGUAGAAUAUUUAUUUAAUGAUGCAAACAUGCGUUAGAUUCUUUUAUGUUGCAUUUGUUUAACUCUGUGAAGCUGUAUUACCUUACCUGUUUGAAACAACUGAUUGGUCAUCUAAUUAAGAGCUGAACGGCCAAUAGCAGGGCAGGAGAAACGUUAGGCAGGGCUGGCAGGCAGAGAGAAUAAAUAGGCGGAGAAAUCUGGGGAGAAAUUAUCGAGGAGCCAGAAAAAAGGGACCAGUCACCCAGUCACACAGCCAGACAUGGAAUAAGAAGGAAAGAAAAGAUAUAUGGAAAUAGAGAAAGGUAAGCCCGGUGGUGGUGGCGCACGCCUUUAAUCCCAGCACUGGGGAGGCAGAGGCCGAUCUCUGAGUUCGAGACCAGCCUGGUCUACACGAGCUAGUUCCAGGACAGGCUCCAAAACCACAGAGAAACCCUGUCUUGAAAAACCAAAAAAAAAAAAAAAAAAAAGAAAAGAAAUAGAGAAAGGUAAAGGUAGAGGGGAUACUUUAAGUUAAGAAAAGUUGGCUAGAAACAAGCCAAGCUAAGCCUGAGCAUUCAUAAGAAAGAAUAGGCCUCUCUCUGGCAGGCCGCACAAAAAAAAAAAAAAACAAAAAAAAACGUAAAGAGUAAAAAACAACCAACAAUAGCCAAGACUGGGAACAGGGGCAAGUGGUGAAAUUAGGGUAAAAUCGUGCCAUGGAUUACCUUCCAUAGAAAUCCUGCCCACCUGGCAGUGCCUGGUGCUUCACCAUGGUAGCAUAUUCGCAUCUACAGCCAUGACAGAGUCUUUGGGAGAGAUAAGGCUCUAGAUCAGGAGGAAGAAGUCAAAGACGGUCACACAGGGAAACUCGGGUACACCUGAGUGCAGCACACUCACCUGGAUUGUCCACUGUCUGACUCCUGCCUCUCCCUCUUUUUCUCUACUAUGACCUUCUUGUACAGCUGGCACCAUGGGGACUUACAAGCCAGGACUGCUUCCCUAUCCCAGUUUAUGGGAUAAUGAUAAGGCAGGAUCUAACCAUUCAACAGUUAUUCAACACCUACCUAGGCCAAGGCUGAAAGUUAACAGCCUAUGGGAAGUUGCAUUUAUUUGCAGCAUCACUCGUCUGUGUAUGUUGUACAGGGAAAAUGUUUCUUCCUCUUGUGCAAAGAUGGACCUUGAGAAUAAGAGAUGGUGAGCUUCAUGGGCCAGUAUUCUUAAAAUUUGAAAAGAGUUGUGUAAUAUACUUAUCCCCAUAAUCCUGGUCCUUGUAUCUCUGACUCUAAGGUAUAAGAAAAAGAAAGGCUUUACCCAAAGACAGUUGUCUCAUCCAUGCAAGUGCAGCUGAGGAUCUGGCUUCACGCAGAUCUUUUAACUGAGAUAGGUCAGGGUUGGGCAGAGUAUCCAUUUGUAUUGUAAGUCUUAGUGUAUUUGGGCAAGUAAGUACCUUGAGCUCAGCUUUUGAUUGACUCCACAUUGGGCAACAAAGCCAAGCAGCUCCGAUUUCAUCAGCAGAAUGCCAUGAAACAGACAGAUGCCUCCACAGUCACAGCCAAACUAGUAUCCAAGGACCAAAAUAGCAGUCAGAUGACCACAAGGGCCAGUUUACCACUUUCUGUCCAGAACCCAGAAACAGCAGCAGCUAAAAGUAGUCACAAAACUCACAUGCUUUGGGAGGAACAGCAGGGACAGCACUAUCCUGAGAGGGACACAAUGAAGUCGCUCCGUUUCAUUUCUGCUGAAGCCUUGGUGUCCCAUCCUCGGGUGGCCCAGGAGAGCCUGGACCAUAUAGCCUACAACCUCUAUCCACUCCUGUUCAAGGCCAGUUACCUGCUAGAACAGGCAGAAGUAACCCGUGCUGUGCUGAGUCACUGGCCACUAGAGGAGUUCCGGUUGGCUGUGCUGCUGGGGCCAAACACUGACCACCCAGAAGACCUGCGUGAUCGUGCCUGCAAGGCCUGCUUAGAGGCCUGUAUGCAGGGCCUUGCUGACCAUGUGCUGCAAAGUAGGAGCAACCGGCUUCGGGUAGCUGAUUUUACAGGCAUCCAGGAUGUACAGGUGCAGCAAUGUCCUUGUGGGAGGGCACUAGGAAGGUGGGGCCGCACUAAGGUGCUGGUCAGGAUCUGCUGCCAGCUCCAAGGACAGCCCUGUACAGCUAGGCAUCCUAUUGAAGUCUUUGCUGACCUCUUUGUCACGGAAGGCAACUUUGACAUGGUGGUGCAGGCCUUGAAGCCAGCAGGCCCAGCCCCUCUGCAAGUCUGCUGCCCUUCACUCCGGGCAGAUAGCCUGAGUCCUGGGCAGCUCCUACAAGUGCUCGGCCUAGCUGGGCCAAGCAAGCUAAGAAAGUUGGAGGUAGUUCAUAAUGUACGAUUGCAUGCUGGCCAUGUACAGCAGCUGCUGGCCCAGGUGGGCCUCCCUCAGCUGACCUCACUCACCCUACCCACGAAGGCCUUUGAUGCACCCCCUACCUGUGCCCCAACUCCAGAGGGUGAAGACCCACUCCUCACCUCUAUUGCCUGGGAGCUCAGCCAGAUGAACAAGCUCACCGAGCUAAGUGUAGCUUUCUCUACACUGACUGGAAAGAUCCGCACACUGCUGAGCCCCUUGAAGACUCCACUAAGAGUGUUGGACCUAGCCAACUGUGCCCUUAAUCAUGAAGACAUGUCCUUCUUAGCAGAUUGUAAGCAUACUGCCCACUUGGAGGUGCUGGACCUCAGUGGACACAACCUGGUCCAUCUGUACCCUUCUACCUUCUUCCAGCUGCUGAGCCAGGCUGCCCAAACACUAAGAGUGCUCACAUUAGAGGAGUGCAACAUCACAGAUAACCAUGUUGGCAUGAUGAUUCUGGGCCUCAGUCCUUGCAACCAGCUCCAGGAGUUCAAGUUCCUUGGAAACCCACUGUCAGCCAGUGCUCUCCAGCGCCUUUUUGCUGCACUCUGCGAACUCCCUAGGCUGCGCCACAUUGAGUUUCCAGUGCCAAAAGAAUGCUACCCUGAGGGCACUACCUACCCCCAGGAUGAGCUGUCUGUGUCCAAAUUUGAUCAACAGAAAUAUGACAUGAUUGCAGAGGAUUUGCGAGCAGUACUGCUUCAAGCUAACCGGGAGGACAUCCAGGCCUCCACUCCCCUUUUUGGAAGUUUUGACCCAGACAUUCAUGAAACCAGCAAUGAACUUGGUACUUUCUUGAUGCAAGCUUUCAAAACUGCUUUGGAAAACUUUUCCAGAGCACUAGAACAAAUGGAGUAGGUCCUGCAAUUAUGCUUUAAAAAAAGGAAAAAAGGCUGUGCAUUUCAACUGUGCCCUGAGGUCAGUCCUGGAUCUGUCACCAGCAGCAUCACUGCCACAGAAUUCCUUAGGGAAAACUACAGGCAUACUCAUUACAUGCUUUAAAAAGAAGCCCAGAUAUAUAAAUGGGUGUGUGUCAGUACAGCAGGAGCCUAAAGCAGAGGGGAAGUCACCCAGAGUGAAGGACCUAUCACCUAGGUAGAAGGUGGAAAAUGUGGACACCAGGGAAGAAUGUACUGUGAGCAGGGUCAACUUGACUCUGAUGCUGUGAGGAGGAAGAAAAGAGAAAAUUCAUCACAGAAAAAUGUAUAAAAGCAGCAUCCCAUAAAACAUAACAAGAAAAAAGACACUGAAAAUGAAAAUAAAAGUGAACUGAAGCCCUGAGCCCAGCAGAAGCUUUCUUUGUUAUAUCUGUUGUACUUUUUACCAGAUGACAUCUGACUACACAGAAAGGUGUGGGAUGGGGGUGGUGAUCAUUUUUCUGUCCACAGCUUUCUUGGCUUUGUUUCCAAUCUUGGCAGUUUUGCACCAUCUUUUGGUGACUGAGGACAUCUAGUUGCUGAAAUAUUCCCAGUAUUUCUUGAAAUAUUCUGACCCUGUUUUCUGCUCUGCAUCCAACCCUAAGACAGGCAAGUCCAACCUGAACAACCACAAGUGUCAGGGGAUAACUAUGAAUGCAGCCCAUGACAAAAUUUAAACUUAAGACAGAUUAUUUUUAUGAAACUUGUCAUGAGUCAAUU